AUUACUUUGUCGGUGGUGGUCCGGUUUGGGAUUUUACGCCUAAUUCCACCUAUGGAGAUGCUAAAAAGUUAGGAAGUGUUGCUCCUGGGAACGUAUCUAAUAUUCACAAGUUGAAACUUGCUGGAAAACCACAUGGGACGAAGAAAAAAAACAUCUGCGAGGCCGUCCAAGGUGUGGCUGCUAGAGAAGGACAAGGCAGAGAGGACCGCUCCUCCCUCACCCCCUCCCUCGCUGUCCUUUCAGGGAUAGCACAGUCCGUGUUUGUUUUUCUUUGUUUAUUUUUUUUAUAUUUUUUUUCUGCCCGGACACUACCCGCAAACGUGUGAAUUCAUGAUCACAUGACCGUGGAUAUGGACGCAGUCCUAUCCGACUUUGUCCGUUCCACUGGAGCUGAACCGGGAUUGGCCAGAGAUCUGCUAGAGGGCAAGAACUGGGACUUCACUGCUGCCCUCAGUGACUUUGAGCAGCUACGGCAGGUGCAUGCUGGGAACCUGACGUAUUCGUUCACAGAGGAGAGGAACUAUCUGCCCCAAGAAAAGGAGAUGGCCCGGGUAGGACGGCCGGUUCUCCAACGCCAGGAUGAGGUGGUGCAAGCAGCGACAGAAAAGCGUUUGUCGCGGGGCAUUUCGCACGCCAGUUCCACCAUCGUGUCCCUGGCCCGCUCUCACGUCUCGAGCACUGGAGGAAGCAGCAGUGAGCCGCUUCUAGACACGCCCCUGUGCACUUUCCAACUACCAGACCUCACCGUGUACCGGGACGACUUCCGCAACUUCAUCGAGAGGGACCUCAUCGAGCAGUCCAUGAUGGUGGCUUUGGAGCACGCUGGGCGUCUGAACUGGUGGACUAAAGUCGUCUCAAACUGUCAGAAUCUGCUGCCUCUGGCAACCAGCGGGGACGGAAACUGUCUGUUACACGCAGCCUCCCUCGGCAUGUGGGGUUUCCACGAUCGGGACCUGAUGCUGCGAAAGUCCCUGUAUGCGCUGAUGGACCACGGCUUGGAGAGAGAGGCACUGAAGCGCAGGUGGAGGUGGCAGCAGACGCAGCAGAACAAAGAGUCUGGUCUGGUGUACACGGAGGAGGAGUGGCAGAAAGAGUGGAAUGAACUGUUGAAGCUGGCCUCCAGCGAGCCGAGAAUACACUACAGCACCAACGGCACCAACGGGGCGGAGUCCUCUGAUGAGCCGGUUUACGAGAGUUUGGAGGAGUUUCACGUCUUCGUCUUGGCUCACGUCCUCAGACGACCCAUAGUGGUGGUGGCCGACACCAUGCUGAGGGACUCUGGAGGAGAAGCCUUUGCCCCCAUCCCGUUCGGAGGCAUCUACCUACCGCUGGAAGUGCCAGCUGCCAAGUGCCAUCGAUCGCCCCUGGUCCUGGCAUACGACCAGGCGCACUUCUCUGCCCUGGUCUCCAUGGAGCAGAAAGAUAGCUCAAAAGAGCAAGCAGUUGUGAUCCCUCUCACCGACUCGGAGCACAAAAUGCUGCCGCUGCACUUUGCUGUGGACCCGGGGAAGGACUGGGAGUGGGGCAAGGAUGACACGGACAACGUGAUGCUGGCGAGUGUGGCUCUUUCUUUGGAGGCUAAGCUCCAGAUGUUGCACAGCUACAUGACGGUCACCUGGCUGCCCCUGCCCUGUGAGCAAGCCCCCCUGGCCCAGCCUGAGUCUCCCACAGCAUCGGCAGGAGAGGAUGCCCGCACGCCUCCGGACUCAGGAGAGUCAGACAAGGAGUCAGUCAGCAGCAGCUCCAACGGAAACGGAGACACGACCACAGGAUCAACGGUCAACGGGGGCGGCUCCUUGGCCAAGAACAGCUCCUCUUCCUCGUCCAGCUCCUCCAGCAACGGAUCUGCAACGGGAACAGCAGGGAAGGACAAAACCAAGAAGGAGAAAGACAAGGAUAAAGACAAGAAGCGGGCGGACUCUGUGGCCAACAAACUCGGCAGCUUUGGCAAGAGUCUGGGCAGCAAGCUGAAGAAGAACGUGGGCGGACUGAUGACAGGAAAGAACGCUGGAGCCGGAGGUGUCAAGCAGGAGGGCGGGGAGAAGAAGAAAGGCUCUUUUAGGGGGAGGAAGGGCAGCAAGGAUGGCUCGCCUUCAGCACAUGCCUCAGAGGAUUCUGGGAAAGGCUCUCCCUCCUCAGGUAGCGAGCGUCUAAAUGGAACAGGGAGCAGUAUGAGCAGCAGCGGCGGGAGCAGCACCGAGUGUGAAACCUACAAGUACAGCGCCGAUGUCAAGGUGAGCAUGGGAAUCCUGCGAGCCGCCAUGCAGGGCGAGAGAAAGUUAAUCUUUGCCAGCCUCCUCACUACAAGCAACCGGCAGCCCUUCCAGGAGGAGAUGAUCCAGCGCUACCUGAGCGACGCAGAGGAGCGCUUUCGAGUGGAGCAGGAACAACAGCGGCGUGACCUGGAGAGGAAGAACAUCACCAACGGCAUUCAGAUACCCAAGAAAGAGACCAUUGGUGGUCCAGAGCUGACAUACCGAGCUUUUGACGCUAAAGAGGAGCUGUCAGAGAACUCCUCCCCUACCUUCAGCCAACUCAAGGCCUCUCCUUUGACCACCUCCAUGUACUCUGGUGUCGUUCCAAUCCCCCGGCCCUCCUUCAUAGACCAGCCUGCUGCUGCUCCGCCCCUCACACAGCACCUUCACAUGCACGGCUACAUGGAUACUAGGCGCCAACUUGCUGGCGGCUCCCCUGCAACCUCUUACCCUGGUCUCCCCUCUUACGCCACCCUUCCCCGGCACUGCCCCACAACGCAGGGUCCCUCACAUCCCCAAUAUAACAACUCCCAAGGCCCCUCCUCUUUAAGUCCCACACGCCUUGCACCCUCGUACCUCCCUGAGUUUGACCCCCCGGACUAUCCGGGGUCUGAACACGCUGCUGGGAGUUACACUAAUGGCUUCAGGGACAUACGCGCCAACCUCGACUCCCGAAGCGGGCAGCCCCCUGUCAGACACUACUCCCUUGGCAGCGCAGGCGGUCUGGCUAGCCUGCAGUCCAGCCGCUGUCGGACACCCAGCUGCACCUACUACGGACACCCCGAGACGGGGAACUACUGCUCUUACUGCUACCGGGAAGAGCUGAAAAAGAGAGAGACAGAACCAGCCAUCCACAGGUUCUGAACGGACCUCGCUAUGGCUUGAUUUUGAUGAGUGGCCUUUUUCAGUGAAAGAAAAAUAAUGUCUGGGGCGGAUCAGCCCUCUAAAUGGACGUGAGAAAGGCAAAACCAGCUCCCUCCCGUUUUUAGCCGUGUCACUUUCCGUUGGAGUAGCCAACAGUCGACACACACUACAGUGUAAACAGGGUGGUUUGACUGCUGGGGUCACGUAAUAGACCAUAGAAUAAUUUAACUGCACUUCUGUUACAUUUUGCUGUGGCUCUUAUGCAGGCGUUAUGUAUGAGUGUGUGUGUGUGUGUGUGUGUGUGUGUGUGUGUGUGUGUGUGUGUGUGUGUGUGUGUGUGUGUGUGUGUGUGUGUGUGUGUGUGUGUGUGUGUGUGUGUGUGUGUGUGUGUGUGUGUGUGUGUGUGUGUGUGUGUGUGUGUGUGUGUGUGUGUGUGUGUGUGUGUGUGUGUGUGUGUGUGUGUGUGUGUGUGUGUGUCUGAGUGUGUGUGUGUGUGUGUGUGUGAGCUGCAGGCUCUCCUCCCUUAUCAGUUAAACGCCUUGCUACUGUCUCCUCCUAGUGGAGAGAAUGUAUAUGGCAGGCACCAUACACAACACUCCACACACGCACAGUGACAUGCCCACAUCUUCACCAAGUCAGACUCACACUACUCCGUACGCAGCGAUGCAAACACAAACAGAAAGGGCACGAGUGUCUGCUCCAUUGUUUGGUCUGUGAUAAUGUUUGGAUGGUUAGCUGAGGGAUGUUUGAGCGUUUUGAAGUCCCGUCAGUCGAGGGUGAUUUCAGCGCUGAACAGAUUUUACACUACUGUUACUAGAAGCUUGCGUCAUAUGUACCUCGGGAAACAGCAGAAAUAAUCUUCAUCAAAUUGCUUUUUUGUCUGACACCAUUUGCAUAAUGCAAAUUGAAAGUAGCGUGCAAUGCUAAUGACUAAGCGCUCUGUUCGCUGCUGUGGUGCUAAUUUUACAGAAUGCAAACCCAGAAUUGUCCUGCAUUGAGGCAACAGCUCUGCACUGUCAGCAUUAUCUUUUUGGCAAAAAUAAAUAUCUACUAAAUGUAUGUAUAAAUUAAAUCCUGAAGAUGUCGACCUCAGUGCAUCAGGUCCCGGUGUUGAUCAGGCGUUGCACAUCAAAGAUAACAUACAUAGCAGUAUGGUAAGAAACUUUCUCAGAGCCUGAUCGGAGUAAUUUAAAUGUUUGUUGGAACCUCUCUCUUUCUCAGUUGGUUGGGUCUUCCUGUUUCUGUAACAAUGGCUGGCUUGAAGGCUUUUCAUUGUGGCAAACCGAGGCAUGCAUCACGACACGCUGCAAAGUCAAUAUGUCACACUCAGCAGAACAGAUUUUGGAGACAACUGUCACAUGCAUUAUAUGCUUUUCUCUCAAACUAUUUAACUGUUACCGAACUCAUUUGUGGAUUUUAGAGAAGGAAAUGAAGGCUGCAACUGAUGAUAGAUCCAUUGUGGAUUAAUCUGUUGAUUCAUUUCUUUAUUAAAUGAUUGGUUUAUUCUAUAAAAUACCAGAACGUUGUGAAAAUGUCAAUCAGUGUCUUUUUUCAACAACACACAGUUACUAGUCAGGCGCUGUUUUCACACAUGCACCUUGUAAAAAAAAGCAUGUAGGACACCCUGCCCCUGAAGUCUUCCUCAGUUGCUGAUCCCUCAUAGUGGGAUGUUUUUUCCUGUCAGACGAGGGCGGGGGUCUCAGGAGGCAAGACAUGACGCCAAAAAGACGCAGCAGGAUAGAUGGCAGGCAACACUAUAAUGACCCCUUUCUGCUUUUAUAUUAAAGUUCUGUGUAAUUGGAUGAAUUCACAGUAUCAACAACCAAGUGGAAAAUAACAAGCUGGCGAGCAGAAAGUGUGAAGCAGCUUCAUCACAUGAACUGAGAUCUCACCGGUCAGGUGAUUAAAAACGCCAUCAUCCCCUCCCCCCAUUUGCUUUUCCUGAAUAUUUCCUGCUGCGUUCAAACACCAGCCCACCUAAAAGUUUUGUGCAUGUGUGAAAACACCUGAAUCAGAAUUUAAUAUUUGAAGCUCCAGAAAAUGAUAUAACUGUUUGAAAUCGAAAAAAGCAACAUGAAGUUCUUCUAAAGCAGCGAGAUUAUCUGCAGUUGAAGAAUAUUGUCUCCAAAUUCUGUUUGCAUGGUGCAAAGGAAAUGUGCUCUUCUGUAGGGUUAUGAUACCCAGUUUCAUUUGUCUUCUGUUGACAAGUUACACGCUCAUGUAAGAAACUGCUCUGAUACGACGUGCCCUCUGCGCUCUGAUGGUUGAAAAAUGCGAAACAGGUCAUCCGAUCUCAUGAUCACAUAAAAAGGUCGUCUUCAAACUUUCAUGGUGUUUCUGCUCACAGGACAUCUUGUCACCAGUACUGUUUUGGUCACCCACUGCAAAUUCUGAAGUUCUACUGAAGGCUGUUUUCUAGAUUUCUGGCAUUCGUCCCGCCAAAUCCAGUAACGUUCUCUCUUUCUGCACAACUUCAAGCACUUUUCCUGAUGUCCGUAUAGAUACAAACCUUUUUACUGUUUUUUGAAGUGGCCUGACUGUUGUCCUUUGUCCAUCUCUGCAGACACUGCCACCUCUGUCCACCAGAAACCGGGGCCGCAGCUCAGACGGGUUUCUCUUAAGGAUUCAGUUACUGUAGAGCGACAGCAUUUUGGUGCCAGCGUCACCAUCUUACUCAGUUUCCUAGUUGCCUUCUUCAGCGUUUGUCCUUGUGACAUCACAAUCCUGUUUGUACAUUGUUCAAGACGAACAUCGAGUGUCCGCUGCUUGCUUCAUUGCCUGCAGUUUCUGCUACUACUGCCCCAAAAUGUAACUUUGUUUAAAUUAUUUUUAAAAAGCAUGGAAGUAAUUGGGAUCUUUUUUUUUUUUCCUGUCAGUUAGAUGUAUGAUUUUACAGAUGCAGACCGAUGUUCUGUUUGAGUCUUCCUUAUUUAAUUUGAAACUCAAGGCUGUUUUAGUUUCUCUUUUGACUACUUAAAUUCUUAUUUUGAUUCCCUUUGAUAAGCCAUUGUGAGGAAUUUCUUUAAACAUAGUGUGACUAAAGUUGCUUUCCUCGAAUCUAUUCUUCAGCGUUAAAUUUAGAAAAGCACAAUUUAGUAUGCAAUUCACUGCCUUGCCCAGUUGAGGGCGAUCUUGUUUUGUUUUGUCCUUUUAGCUCAGUCUCUGGAGCCUACCUUUGUGACCAAACUGCAAACGAAAAAUAACCAAAAUAAUAGAGAAUAACUUUGAGUAGUGGUAAUUUAACACUUUGUUACAGUAUAUUGAAAAAGUUUUAAGUUUAAAAAAAAAAAGCUAGUCGUGGGAGAAGAAUCUUUUUUCUGUGUUCAAAGUAACACUUGAGUUUUACUGACAUUGAAACCUUUAAAUCAUGCUGCUCCCUCCUCCCUAAAAAAACAACAUUUGCUGUGUUUUCUGUGUGCUAACGUGUCCAUGCACUUACAUUUAAUUCAGAGGAGACCCGUGAGGCGUUCACUGACUGUGGGAAAGGUGAUGCGUGUAUUUAAAAAUGUUGCAUGUGUGCAGACUCUUGUCUCCUUCCCUCCAAAAUAAUAAUCAGCUCCAACGAAAAAAACCAUUUCUGAAUUGUAUUUUUUUGCAAUGAAACAAAUGCCUCAGAAACAUGUGGGACAGUAGAUGUUAUAGGCUUCAAACACUUUUUUUGUAUUUAAGAAAACAAAAACAAUGAGAUGUUGUAUAAAUAUGUUCCAAGUUAUUUUUGUAAGCCCAAAGUUUUACAGUGUUUUUAAAGGGUGAGAAUGUAUUUUGUUGGAAACUGAAACGCUUGUAGGAGCCUGGAUGUGGGGUACAGAUUUUGUGUUUAACCAGAAAGUGGCUGCUGAAGGCGACUCCCAGACGGGCCUCGUGGGUCUCUCAUUGCAAACUAAUUUCCUCAAUGCUGACCUAACAAGAUACCAUUUGAGAAUUUAUAUUUAUAGUGAGACUUUUUUUUUUUUUUUUAAUAGGUUUCCUUGUGGAAUGUUUAGUUGCAACAUUUUAGGAUGUUCUUUCUCACAUGGCUAGUUGUCUAGCAGUCUUGGCUUUUAUUUGUCGCUUCUAUUGAUUUGUAAAACAUUUUGUUUACUUUUUUCUACAACCACCGAACCGUGCUAUGCUAAAACAUGACAGACAUGACGUUCUUGUUGACCCAGCUCGUUUUCCUCCGAACCCCUAAAGGAGAAACGGCUCAGAAUUUGUUUUUGCGACGCAACUGACCCGAUCUAUUUUUAUAUAUAUUGUACAACACUGUAUUUUCUGUGUGAGCAGAAUCUUUCAUCAUCGGUGACAUUUACAUGGAUUACUUCGAGUUGCAUGGGACUGGAACUGUUGCAUGUAAAUGGCGAUCCAUUUUACCAAAUUUGUGCAUUAUUUGAACUUGAUUUCUCUCGUCCUGGUAUUUUGAUCUGUUUUCAUUUUUUUUUAAAUUGUUUUAAUGUUUUGCUUUUGUUUUUGUUUUUUUUGAGAGGAGAGCCCUAAGGCUGUGUGACAGUGCAAUCUGGAUAGAAAGAACAUCAGAUUUAUGUUAGGUUUUUAUUAUUAUAAUUAUUAAUUUCUUUUGCACCGUUUGAAUAAAUUCUCAUUGUAUUUCAA